GGAGAGAACAUCAGAAGUCAAUCGAACAACCAAGAUGAAUAUCAUGGCGAGGCGCGAUGCAGUGAUGUUCUUCAUGGCCUGUAUGGUCUGGACAAGAUGUUCAGCAGCACCAAUGCAGUGCCACUUCAACUCUCAAGCUCUGUGUGAGUAUGAUGGGAAGCAGUACUCAAUGGGGGAGAGCUGGAUGGAGCAGGGAUGUGUUCAUUGCACCUGUCUGCACCCCGUAGGCGUGGGAUGCUGUGAAACUGUCCAUCGGCCCGUGGAUUUCCCUCCUUGGUGUGAGGUUCGAGUUGAGUCUCUGACGUGUCAGGUCACGCUGGUCAUGACCGCCGACCCUCGCCUGCCCUGCAUUCCUGGAGAAGACAACAAUGUUGACCCGAGACACGGAGCACUCAACAUUAACCUGGGAGGCUAGCAUGGAAGACGACUUUAUUCACAAAUCAUCUGUCUGUCAUGUGAGAUAAUACUCCGACCUAAAGCAUCUGUAUUCUGAAAGCAUAACCAUUACCAUUGAAGUGCUCGAAGCAAGAAACUGGUUUGACAUGUAGAAAGUAGGGAAGAAAAGCUGGCUUUUUUAAUGUUUUAACAUUACACUAGAAUGAAAAAUAGAUAAGAAAUGGUUGUGCAUUGUGUAUUGAUCAGUGUUUAUUCUACCAUUUAUCAUUUUUAUUGAAUCGCUAUAUCAAUGAACUGCACUGCAUUGUGUCUUUCAGCUCAUUGCCUGAAUAGUCAUGAUGUAUUUAAGCUCUGAGAAUAAAAGCAAGAAGACUUUGGUUUGACAAUUACAUUUGAUAAUGCUUCUACUUUUUAAAAUUAAAACGUUUUGUUUCUUAAUCAUUUAUGCACUAUUGUAAAUAAUCAGCUACAGGCCUAGUAAUAUAUACCCUCUAAUAGUUUGUUUACUCUUAAUAAAAAAUAU